AUGAACAAAAAAAUCUCCGUAGCUGGAGGACUAGCUUUGUUGUUUAUCGUCAAUGCAGUGCAGAAAGAUGCCCUUAAUCAAUGCGCUAAUUUUGGAGACGCAUGCGGUUUGGAUCUUAAGCGUCAUUGCUGUGAUGAUAGUUUGAAGUGCGCCUGGUCGCAUUCUGCAACGGAAAUUCAUAUUCUAAUCUUUGGUUCUUAUCUUUUGGGUGAAUUAGCAAUACUUGGAGGUAAUUGUCGCACUAACGAGGACUGCAAUUACGUUUUGCACUCAACAUGCUCAUCAGGAAUCUGCGUAUGCAGACAGAACAAUAUCCGAGUCAGCGAGACCAAAUGCAUGCCGCUACUGAACGAGUUUUGCUGGAAAGAGCAAUGCGCACCAGAUAAUUCGCUCUAUUCAUCAAUAGAGGUCUUGAUGCUUUCAGUGAUGUUAGGAGCGUCUUGCAGGGACGAUGAAGCUUGCACGACGAUCAAAUUCGCAACAUGUGCUUCUAACGGAACCUGUGCCUGCUCAGAAAGGACGGUUAUGAUAGGGCCGAUGUUGUGCUCGUUGCUUUUGGAAGACACCUGUGGAAGCAACAGCGAAUGCAGGGUUCCUAAUUCUGAGUGCAUUGAUCAGAAGUGUCAAUGCAAGCUAAGGUAUAUUGUUGCUUCGCGUGCCGAAUGCAAAAAUGCUUACGUAGGAAUGUACUGCGAAGACUCAAGUUACUGUCAUUCUAAUAUAGAUAAUACACAAUGCGUUGGGCAUAGGUGUGAAUGCAGUGCCAAUUACGGUCCAAAAAAUGGUAACGAGUGCUUAUCACUAUCGCGAUGCGAUAGUGAUAGUGACUGUAAGCUAAAAAAUUUUAAAUGCAUUGACAACGAAUGCCAAUGCAAACCUAAUUAUCUACUGCAAGAGAUAAAAUGUCUGCCUAGAUACCUGGGAGGAUUGUGUGAAGUAUCAUCCGACUGCAUUAACAUUGACUAUGCAGUUUGUAAAAGAAACGAAUGUACUUGUGAAAAUGGGUUCUUCCCAAUUAAUCGAUCUCAGUGUGGAAGAGGUUUGACAGUCGAAUGUUCGAAAGAUGAAGAAUGCAUUAUCAUAAAUUCUCAAUGCAUGAAAAACAAAUGUCGAUGUCGUGACGGCUACACCCAGAGCUCCGCGAAAUUUUGUUUGCCAAGUGAGUUCUCCUUAAAUGGUGUCAAUGUAAUAACAGUAUAUGCUAACAUAUGCACCAUUACAGAGUACUUUCAGGGAUUUUGUUCCACUGACGAUCAAUGUAAAUCGAUACCAAAUUCCCACUGUUCCAAAAACAAUCAAUGCAUUUGCAGAGAAAACGCUCAACAAAGUUCUUCAGCAUGCGCGCCAUCGCUAAAUCAAAGCUGUUCAAUAGCAAACCAAUGCAUUACAGAGAACUCCAUGUGCAUUGAUAACGUGUGUCAAUGCAGAGACGGAUAUAUUUCGGAAUCUAAUGACAAGUGCAUAAUAAUGACUCCGUUGUCAAAUAAUCGAAUUUUAGAGUAUUCAGAAAAAUCUUGCGUUGUCAGCGCCGACUGCACUGCCAUUUCUAACGCAAUGUGUUCGAAUAAGAAUAAAUGUGUCUGCAAGCCGCAUUACGUGAGAUCGGAACAAUUCAAAUGCUCGCUGCAGCUAGAAGCUUACUGUCAACAAGAUGGAGACUGUAUUACCAAGAAUUUAACAUGUUUUGACGAAGAUUGCCGAUGUCCGAAGGAAUUUUUCCAGGUCUCUGAUAACCUUUGCGCACGCGGUUUUAUUGGACAAUUUUGUUCUGCUGAUGAGGAUUGCGAUAUGAUAACAAAUGGAAGAUGUUCUGAGGAGAAAAUGUGUGCUUGCAAGUCUGGUUAUGCAAAAUUUGAUGCUUUGGUGUGCCUGCCCCUCAUAGGAGAGUAUUGUAAUGAACACAAAGAUUGCUAUGUCUACAAUUCUAACUGCGUUGACAACAAGUGUCAAUGCUUGGAAAAUCAUAUGCCGUUGUCGAAUACUAAAUGCCUGUCAAAAUAUGUUAGCCGUUCUUGCUACGACAAUGUUGACUGCUUAGCGAUAAAUUAUUCACACUGUUCGAGAUACGAUCUAUGUGUUUGUAAUCAUAAUUACAUGGUGGAUAAGCGAGGUUUUUGCAAGCCAGCUUUAAAUGGGCAUUGUUUGGAAAGUUUACAGUGUCAAAUUGCAAAUUCUCAGUGCAUUAACAGUAAAUGUCAAUGUAUGAAAAACUUUGUCAGUGGGAUUUAUAAUAACUGUAUACCAAGUAAGUGUAAAAUAUUCUGUGAAAAAUUUUUUGGUACGCCUCUUUGGCACAAAACCCUAACUCCUGUAAUACGCCUCAAUGUUCAUGAUCUUCUCCUAGCGCGGCUGGGGAAAUAUUGCACGAGUGACGGAGACUGCGCUGCAAUUAAAUUUUCUCAUUGCACUGGAAAUAAGUGUGUCUGCAAGAAAAAUUACGAGACGGUUGAUAACGCAGCAUGCAAGCCACUACUGAAUUGUUUUUGUACCACCGACAAAGACUGUAUCGUCGAAAAUUCUUAUUGCAUUGACAAUAAGUGUAAAUGCAAACCUGACUAUGCAAUGCAGAGCCUUAGUAGAUGCGAACCGAGGGUUUUGGGCCAGACGUGUGAAACGGAUUCGCACUGCAGUUUUAUUCAGCAAGGAAAAUGUUCGCCGGACAAUAUUUGCGUCUGCUCUUUGGAUACUUUCGCUCUAGAUAAUAAGACCUGUUCGCCGCUUUUGAACACUUUUUGUCAGUUCAACGAGUACGAGUUAGAAUUCUCUCAUUGUGUUGAUUAUAAGUAUCAGUGCAAGCUUGGUUACACUGCAAUAUCUUCCAGUCAAUGCAUAAAUAGCAAUUUACUUGAACCUUGCGAAAGGAAUGAUGACUGUCUAGAGCUCUGGCAUUUUGAGUGCUCAAAGGAAAAAAAAUGUGUUUGCAAAGCUGACAAUGUCGCCGUCGGAAAUUCUACGUGCUUGCCACUUCUGGGUGGAAUUUGCUGGCAAGAUGAUCAAUGUAGAGCUGAAAAUUCUCUUUGUGAUGAUUACCAUUGUCGUUGCAAACCUAACUUCAUUUCUGUUGCCAGUAAUAAGUGUGUACCCGAUUUUUGA